AGGGGGAAAGUCCUGGGCUCCAGCCACGAGGGGCACCGGCGGGGCUUUGCACAACUCCCCCGGCGGGUCCUUGCACGCCUUCCUGCCAGGGUCCCGGCUGGCCCGGCCGCGGGUGACAGGCGCUCCGCGGGGAGCUCCUCGAGGCCAGGCCAGGACGCGGGCCGGCGGGCAUCGAGCGGGUCGGCACGAUGAACAUCGUGGUGGAGUUCUUCGUGGUCACGUUCAAAGUGCUCUGGGCCUUCGUGCUGGCGGCCGCGCGCUGGCUGGUGCGCCCCAAGGAGAAGAGCGUGGCCGGCCAGGUGUGUCUCAUCACGGGCGCGGGCAGCGGCCUGGGCCGCCUCUUCGCCCUGGAGUUCGCCCGGCGCCGGGCUCUGCUGGUCCUCUGGGACAUCAACACCCAGAGCAACGAGGAGACGGCCGGCAUGGUGCGACACAUCUACCGGGACCUGGAGGCGGCCGACGCCGCGGCGUUGCAAGCUGGAAAUGGUGAGGAAGAAAUUCUGCCCCCCUGUAACUUGCAGGUUUUUACCUAUACCUGUGAUGUGGGAAAGAGGGAGAAUGUCUACCUGACUGCAGAAAGGGUCCGGAAGGAGGUCGGCGAGGUGUCAGUCCUGGUCAAUAAUGCUGGCGUGGUCUCUGGGCAUCAUCUUCUGGAAUGUCCCGAUGAGCUCAUUGAGAGAACCAUGAUGGUCAAUUGCCACGCACACUUCUGGACCACUAAGGCCUUUCUUCCUACGAUGUUGGAAAUCAAUCAUGGUCAUAUUGUGACAGUUGCAAGUUCCUUGGGAUUAUUCAGUACUGCUGGAGUUGAGGAUUACUGCGCUAGUAAAUUUGGAGUCGUGGGUUUUCAUGAAUCUCUGAGCCAUGAGUUAAAGGCUGCUGACAAGGAUGGAAUCAAAACAACACUGGUUUGCCCUUACCUUGUAGACACCGGCAUGUUCAGAGGCUGCCGAAUCAGGAAAGAAAUCGAGCCUUUUCUACCCCCUCUGAAGCCUGAUUAUUGUGUAAAGCAAGCCAUGAAGGCUAUCCUCACUGACCAGCCCAUGAUCUGCACACCCCGCCUUAUGUACAUUGUGACUUUCAUGAAGAGUAUCCUCCCCUUUGAAGCAGUUGUGUGCAUGUAUCGGUUCCUAGGAGCGGACAAAUGUAUGUACCCCUUUAUUGCUCAAAGAAAACAAGCCACAAACAAUAAUGAAGCAAAAAAUGGAAUUUAAGAAGCCUUUUUUUAAUGGGAUAUCACUUCUCUCUGAAGACGAUCAAGAUGUUUCCAGUCCCAUCCACUUCAACAAUAUUGACAUUCUCUGGAUUUGAAAUCCAUGUUGACCUUUUUUAAAAAUCAACUUUACAAAAAAUAAAGUGUAAACUAAUUGACUAGUGUACUUGGAAAAUAUCAUCAGCAAAGUUGAGCUUAGAUUGUUGCCAACGGGGUCCUCUUCAGCUGAAUCCUAAAACAAGUCAACGUUUUAGACAAACACUAUGCGACAUCUCUUGAUGACCGACCAAUGUCUUUUUUUUUAAUGAGCAGAAAGUCUUGAGAUAAUUCCGGUGUGUUUAACCUCUGUGGUUUUUUCUA